AUGGGCUUAUUGGAGAAGUUCCUGCCCAAGAACGACCGCUAUGCUGCUCUGCUGCUCUACGGUAUGGUCCUCGCGACCUGCUUCAACGGCUACGACGCAGGCAUCAUGACGGUCAUUCUCGCAGAUGAUCAGUUCAUCGAAUACUACCAUGUAGAUGCCGGCCGCACAGGUACUAUCGCUGUCGUGCCCUGGGCGACGACAGGGCUAGCACAGUUGUUCGUGGGCGGAACACUUGCCAGUCUCAUUGGGCGGCUUUGGGCGCUGCGCAUUGCCAUCGUGGUCAUGGGCGCUGGAGUGGUCGUUCAGAGUGUGCCAAACACGUAUGGUGUCCUGAUCUUCGGCCGUCUGCUUACAGGUCUCGGCUUUGGUUGUGUGUAUAUUGCGACGACACUGUAUGUGGCCGAAACAGCGCCCCGGAUGCUUCGCGGCAGUUUUGUCGGGACUGUCACUCAGUUUGGUUACCAACUGGGGACGCUGAUCGCUUUCUGGACUGGUUAUGGGAUGAGCCACGUCAAGCAGCCGUUCAACAUUGCCUGGCGGGUGUCGAACCUUAUCCAGCUUCCUAUCGGCGUCGCCUUCAUCGCCAUCAGCUUUUGGUACCCUGAAAGUCCAAGGUGGCUCCUUGAGAAGCAUCCCGAUGACCCAAAUCGAGUACUCAAAGUGCUCUGCAGAUUGAGACAGGGAGAUGAGAACUCGGAGCACGUACUAGCCGAGUAUCACGAGCUUGUCGCUGCUCAGCAAGCUCGUGCUCGGUCGGGUACCGGAUACAAGGGCAUUUUCAGGUCGAAAGGCAUGCGUAAACGACUGCUGUAUGGUCUCUAUGCCACUUCGCUGCAGCAAGCUGGUGGGAUUGCGGCCCUGACCAUGUAUGCAGCACUCAUCUACCGGAGUCUGGGGUGGGACCAGGGCAGUCAAGCUUUGUCCAUCAAUGGAAUUCAGGCAGCGCUCCAGCUGGCGAUCGUCUUUGUGAAUACAUUCACCGUGGACAGGUACGGCCGAAGGGCACUGCUCUUGACCGGGUUUGCCAUACAGGCCGCCGCCUUGCUCGUCUUGUCAUCCCUCACCACGGCGUUCCCGGAGAAUAAUAACAAGGCAGCCGCUGUCGCUGAGGUCGCGAUGCUGUUCGUUGUGGGCCUUACAUACUGCUGGUCGAACGGGCCAAUCCCACCAGCUAUCGCGUCGGAGAUCUUCCCAACAGAAGUUCGCGACAAAGCAUUUGGAUUCUCGCUUCUUGGCCAGACUGUGUGCCUCCUCGCCCUGACACAACCCUGGCCACGCUUCAAUUCGCAGGUGGGGGGAAAGAGCUACUGGCUGCUUUGCGGUCUAAAUACAAUGCUUUUGCUCUCGGUAUACUUCAUUCUGCCCGAAACCAAGGGCGUGUCACUCGAGCGCAUGGAUACGAUAUUUGGGGGGGGUCGAUGCCGUCGAGGCAGGCGAGGAGAAACGUGAUCAGAAGAAACGCGAUCAGGAGAAGGCAGAGGCCCUGAAAUCGUCUACGACAGAGCAUCGCGAGCUCGCUGGCGAGUUGGGGCCGUGAGCGUCGGCACCCAUGUCAGAAUCGCUCGAUGUGACGAGGCAGUCAUGUAUUGUUGUGGAGCAUAAACGGUACAUGCUAGUGUUAUGGAGCAGGUUCUCAAACUUCGAACAGAGCGAAGUUCCUG